CGAUAGGCACUUCGAGUACCUAGUAGUGCCAUGCUCGAUAAACUCGGUUAGUUUUGUGUUGUUUGAUAGGCGAACGGUUUCUCGUGUUUCGGUGUUAAAUUAGUGUGGAUUUGUUAAACUUCUGUACCGAUUUGUGUUUUCUAAGUGUUUUUUGAAGUAAUCGAGCGCAUUGAUUCGCUCGAUACCACGCGAGGGUCAAAAUUCGGUCCAAAAAUCCGUUACCAAUGCCGGCAUAUAAUGGGCCGCCAAUAGACCUUUGUGAGACGCAACUCGAUGGAAGCCAUCAUGAGCCUUCAUCGGAAGAGCCGGAGUUGGAAAACGACAAACUCUUGACCAAUCGGGAUGAUCGAGAGGCGAAGAACGGUGAAUUGAGUCGGGAAAAUUCAUCUCCACUUGACUUGGACCAAGAACUACUGGAGGAAAGUUCAACGGAUGGACAACAAGUGGUGGGAGCUGAUGUGAACGAAAUCGGUGUGUUCGGCCAGCAGCAGCAAACGCUAAAUCUUACCGUCGCUGAAACGUCCAAGAUUUUAGGGAUUACAUACCCGUCUACCAUGACAUCCGGGAUGGAGUUUGGCCGCAGUCCAGACCGUCACUCAGAGCUGAGCGCCCAAUUCGGUCCCAGUAGCCAUCCGCUGGGUAUGCUCGGCAGUUUGACAGCGCUGCAGAACAUGCAGAACAACGUGCAAAGUCUUUCGGCUGUUGCCGGAUUGUCCGGAUUGCCGGCCGGAAGCCAUGGGGACGUGUUGGAAAAACUGAAGAUGCAAGUGCGGGACAUGAAGGUCGAUCUGGGGGGAAUGGGAAGUGUUGGGGUUGGCAGUUCCGGUGGAGGUGUUAUUGGUAGCAGUGAUCAGAGUGAUUUUGCGGCAUUGCAUGCAAGCUUUCGGGCCAGUGCCCUGCAACAUCAUCAACAGAUGCAGCAAGGUGCCGGGGGUGCUGUGGGGUCUCUCUUUGGGAAUAGUGAUUUGAAUAGGGCUCUGGUUGGGGGUCCAGGUGGAUUAGUUGGCAUUGGUGGGGGAACUGGGUCUGGGAUCGGUGCCAACAGCAAUGGGGAUGGUGAUUAUCCGUUUUCGCUGCCCAAUCCGCCGAUCAACAAAGAUGGUCACCCGGGCUCAAAUUCGUCAACUUCGAGUGAAACAUCGAACUCGUCGGCCCAUCAGAAUGGCAAUAAUAAUAAUAAUGGCAAUGGUGGUAGUAAUCUGAAUAAUGCCAACCAUAAUAAUAACAAUAACAACAAUGGUUGGAGUUUUGAAGAGCAGUUCAAACAAGUCAGACAGCUGUACGAAAUUAACGAUGAUCCCAAACGGAAAGAGUUCCUGGACGAGCUGUUCCUAUUUAUGCAGAAACGAGGAACCCCUAUCAACCGGUUACCCAUUAUGGCCAAAUCGGUGCUGGAUCUGUACGAGCUGUACAACCUGGUCAUUGCCCGGGGCGGUCUGGUCGAUGUGAUCAACAAGAAGCUGUGGCAGGAAAUCAUCAAGGGCCUGCAUCUUCCGUCGAGCAUCACCAGUGCGGCGUUCACGCUACGGACACAGUACAUGAAGUAUCUCUAUCCGUACGAGUGCGAGAAGAAAAAUUUCAGCUCCCCGGCCGAACUUCAGGCCGCCAUCGAUGGAAAUAGGCGCGAGGGUCGACGAACUGGCUACGGGCAGUUUGAUUCGCCAUCGGUUCAACGUUCCCCGAUUCCGCAGGGUAUCCAGCAGAUGUCACCACUCUCGUUAGUGACCCACGUCAAUCAGCAGCAGCAUCACCGUUUGUUGGGAGCCCCGAACGUCGGUCAGAUUCCUAAUAUGUUGCCGGCCGAAUUCGAACAACGCAUGCUAGACUACAUCAAACUGUUCCAGCCGAAGGAAAUGAAGCGGGAACAGAGUCCGGAACAGCAGAUUACCCCUAGGGAUGCACUGAACGCGCUCGAGAUGUCCCGCGUAGCCCUCUGGAACAUGUACAACAACAACACCAGCCCACCGAACUCGCUCAACACAAGCCCACCGGAAAUGCAAAGGGAAGCCUUGAACCUCGCCGAGUCCCCGCCACACCACCAAUCGAUCAAACGCGAGCGUGAGUACCCGAUGGACUUCACGGAUCGUUCGGCAAUGGGCCGCGACUUCCACCACAGCGGGCUACCGCCAGCAAAACGUAGCAACUCGAUUGCAGCCGUAGCCGCAGCACAGCUUCAGGCCGCCCAACAGCAACAACAGCAGCUCCAUCACCCGGGCAUGCUCCACCCGAGAUCUCUCACACCACAAAAGCUGAACCUUUCCUCGCACGAAGAUGACGACGAUGUCCGCUCCGAUGGCACACCCAUAAACCUGCGAGGAGAAAAUGGACUCUCGAGACAUCACCGAGACGAAGAUAUGCAUGACGACGAGGAAGAGGAAGACGAAGACGAGGACAUGAACAUGACCGGAGAUGAUCUUCAACCACCACCACAUCACCCCCUUGCGUUGAAUCCCAGCAGCGAAACCGAGGAAUCGUUUGGCGACGAGUUCAAGCUGAUUGAUGUGCCAAGUGAAUCGAAAUCGUCAUCACUUCAGAAUCCACAGAUGUCGAAACUGGUGCUGGCCGAAUCGGAAUCCAAGGAUGGCUUCAAUGGUGACGCAGCCUACCGGGACCGGCUGGCGUAUCAAAUCACCCGACGGCUGACCAAUGACGGAAACCUAUUCUGUCUGAUUUGA